AUGAGGAAGAAAAUACUUUUCUGUUUAAUUUUCUUGUUUCGAAGAAAUCACGGAUUGAGCCGAAAUCGUGAAACAGAACAACAACACUUGGAGCGACUGAUCUGGGAGUCACAACCGCGGUCGAAGGAAAUCGUUGAGAUUUCCACCAAAGCCGGACAGAAUCUAACGAUCACUUGUCCCAUUAACACAAGUUGGAGUUUCCCGAAUCAUACUAAUCGAGAGGUUGAUGGCUAUGAUUUUGAUGAGUUUCAAAAGAGGUUUUACAUUGAGGAAACUGAAGAGAAUACUCAAUUAACAAUCAAUGAUCUUCAACCCACCGAUACAGGCCUCUACCAGUGCGCAGAUUCAGGCAACUUCUCGGAACUCGGAUCCAGUUCUCCUUUGUCCUUUUAUGUAUUCGUUAAAGGUUCGAAUCUCUUUUUGAAGCCGAAGAGAAAGGAAAUUUAUCUUACAACAGGCUCAAGAAGAAACAUAAUCAUCCCGUGUCGGACAACCGCACCAAUUGACGUUACAAAGAUGAAGCUUUUCGUCGACGAUGAGCAAUGGUUUGGAUUGUGCACAGACACAAGAGCUGUACAAACGGUGUUGGACAACAAUGUUCUGAUAAACUUGGGCACCCAGCACAAGGAUAUUUUUGAUUGUAUGCCGACGUUUGCCUACUACUCGGCCAGAGAUGGCUUCAAUUUCGGCACUUUGAAAACACCAUUUCAAGUAAAGCAAAUCGAUGAGAAACGCUUUCGGUGUGAGUACGAAACAUCAAGUGUCAAGUUGGAGAGCGUCGAGUUUUCGGCACUAGUAAGAGAU